GCAGGAAGGGACUGACCAGGUACAUACAUGACUGUGCCCUCCCUCCUUUCACACGCUGGGAAAGUGCAUGCAGAUUUGCGUGAGCCCCACAUCCGUGCGUCUGUGGAGGGAAAGCAGCCUCUGGUGUCAUUUUUCCAGCUACAAUUUCAAACAGCAAAGCUUCUGUUACUGUGGGCUUGGGAGGAGUCCUCUGUGCCGCUCGGAUGGUGGAGUUCUCUGGAAGCGGCUGCAUGUCAGUGGGGACAUCACUGCUGGGAAUCCUGAAGCUUCACUGCACUCUGCCUCUGCCGUGUUUGUCCCCAGCACCAGAAAAGGCCGGGUGGGACUGACAGAAACCUAUUCCACCCUCCUGGCCAAAAGACCAGUUGGCAUCUACUUCUGUGUGUCAAGUGCUACUACACUGGCCGGUAGGAUGGACUGCAGGAGAGAGCUCCGGACACCAGGCAAGAUGGGAAAUGCCAAGAGCCUGUCGAGCCAGAAUAUGGGCUCCAAGUUCCUGCCUGAGGAGCAGGCUGAGGUGGAUAGGCUGUUUGGUGUCCUGUCAUCUAAUAAAGGUGGCUCGGCAGCGAGGACGUUCUCUCUGGAGGCGCUAAAGAGCCACGUCAAGGAGGCUCUUCCUCCGGUGAUGGUCACCAGGCUGUAUAACGGCAUGUGGAGGGUCAAGGCGACCCACAAGGCACAAGAGGGCAGCAGGAAUGUCUCCCGGGAGCAGUUCACAGUGUUCCUGUUCCACCUGUUGAAAGGCAGCUUCGAGGAGAAGGGCCACAUGGUUAUGAAAAUGAUCGUCACUGCAGAGGGUCCUGUGAAGGCCAGAGACGUCCAGAAGUUCACAGAGGAGCUGGUGACCUCUGUGGUGCACGUGCUGACCCACCGGCAUGAACUUCGAGGCUGGACUGGGAGGAAAUCCACAGUGUCCGCCACCAGUGUGCAGGCCAUGGCUGCCCAACUGCUCUCAGAGAUGAAGUUUCAAGAUGGCCACAAGUUUCGGGGGCCUCAGUGCCUGGACCAGGUCUGCGACCAAACCGUGAUUGAGGACUGGGUGUUCCAUGUCCCUCACGUGGGCCUGUUUCUGAGUGUGGUCAUCCAUCGGGGCCUUCGCCUCCUGAACUCAUCCCUGGACCUUUCCACGCUGGUCCCCGAGCGCCACGUGGAUCAGGGGCAGCCGUUUGAGAGCAUCCUGGACGUGCUGCCGGUCAUCUACCUCAACUCCCACCUGGCCGUAGAGCAGCAGCACCGCUGGCGCCUGCUCUUCUCCACACAGCUCCACGGACAGAGCUUUUCCCAGCUGUGCAGCCACAUCACACACCAGGGGCCCUGCCUGGUUGUCCUCGAGGACAGGGAUGGCUAUGUCUUCGGUGGCUUUGCCUCCCGUUCUUGGGAGGUCAAGCCUCAGUUUCAAGGGGACAAUAAAUGCUUCCUGUUCUCCAUCACGCCCAGCAUGGCCACGUACAUGUACACGGGCUACAAUGACCACUUCAUGUACUUGAAUCACGGACAGCAGACCAUGCCCAAUGGACUGGCUGGCCAGGAUCUCCUGGUUCUCUGGAGUGAUCGAUCAAACAUGGCUGCCGACAGUGUCUUCUGUCUCCACUUGCUCCACAGGGCAUGGGCGGGCAGCACAAUUACUUUGGGCUUUGGGUGGAUGCUGACUUUGGGAAAGGACACAGCAAAGCUAAGCCCACAUGUACCACCUACAACAGCCCACAGUUGUCUGCUCAGGAGGACUUCCAAUUUGAUAAGAUGGAGGUGUGGGGGCUCGGCGAUCUCUCAGAGACAUGUCUGGUCAAGAACAAGAAGAGCAUCCUUGACUCGGAUCCUGCAGCCCAGUCCCUGCUGGAGAUCAGUGGACGGACUCGCCACAGUGAGGGACUGCGGGAAGUCCCUGAAGACAAUGACUGAGGCUCCUGAACUGUGGGCUUCCUGGAGCAAGGGCGGGGACUCCCCCAGGGAUACAGUGCACAGGGCAUCCAGAUUUCUCACUGCCGGGAAGACAAAACCCUACAGGCCCUCUGCCCUGACUCUGGCUUAGCUUUAACACCAGCCACAUCGCCACAUCCAGGCCAUCAUGGAUAUACUUAAUGGAACACAGCCACGCCAAAAGAAACCCCUCUGAAGCCAUAAUCGAUGGGUGUUGCCUCCCAGGAUCCCUAUGCAUAAGUUAGAACGUUGGCCUUAUACUUUGUUCAUUUCGUGUCGAUGGAAUCCAAGACAAAGAGGCUUGAAACCUGCCAGAACUGGUGAUUGGUAGGGGCGUGUAUUCUUGCCUCAGGAGGCGGCUGCAUGCGUGGCCUUUGCUCUGGGUCUCAGUGGGCACCCUGAUGACUCAUCGUGAGUGGAAAGACAGAGGUGCUUAGAAGAACAUCUUGGUACUUUGUAAGAACACUCUCAGUGCCACCAUGGAACUUCUGGGUUUGUAGCGAAAGCUCUGGGGGCAGGACUCCUCAGAGCAGGUUUGGGAUGGGGGUUCCCAUCUACAUUUCUCAACACUUUUUUUUUUAAAUGAAUCAGAUGAGCAAAUGGGCAAACUAGACCUAUCUGCCCAGAGACCAAGUCAUUACUCUGCUGCUAACUAAAAUUUGAGGGCAUUUGGAGGGAGCCAGAGUCUGGGUGCUUGCUUAAUGGAUGCCCGAGAUCCAUCCCUUAAGUCAGUGGUGGGUGAUGUCCAGCCUUGGCUUGGAGUGGCAGCUUCUAGGUGCCUUCUCUGGGGUCACAGCUCAAGGCUCCUCAGAAGGAUGGUGAGUGAGGGGACAGUGUAGACGUACUUGAGGAAGACUCCAGCGAUCCCGGAAGACUGAAGAGGACGCAGGUGCUCAGGCUGCCCGUCACACUGUAAGUCAUUCUUCUCUGAGACCUCUACCUCUUCCCUUUGCCUUGUGCUGCAAACCUCGACUUUACAGAUCUCCUGUACCGUUUGCCUCAAUUAAAAGCCAUAAUAAAGCCGGCAUUUUUCCA